CCUGGAUGACGUCAUAGGGAGCGCUCUCCCCUCGCCCGCGCGUCAGGGACGCGCCGGCGCCUUGAUGAUGUAGUCGGGGCGCGCCGCCGCCGCCGCCGCCCCGUGACACGGAGCAGCCAUGUGCGAGGUGGGCGACGACUAUCGGGAGCCCGCGCCCGCGGGGCCGCCGCCGCCACGGCCCUGCCGUGAGCAAAAGUGUGUGAAGUGCAAGGAAGGCCUGCCUGUCGUGGUGAUCCGAGCCGGAGAUGCCUUCUGCAGGGACUGUUUCAAGGUCUUUUACGUCCACAAGUUCAGAGCCGUGCUUGGAAAGAACCGGCUGGUCUUCCCGGGGGAGAAGGUGCUCCUGGCGUGGUCCGGGGGGCCUUCGUCCAGCUCCAUGCUCUGGCAGGUCCUUGAGGGCCUGAGUCAAGAUUCUGCCAAGAGACUGCGUUUCGUGCCAGGGGUUGUCUUCGCCGAUGAGGGAGCAGCCUGUGGCCGGAGCCCGGAGGACCGAGCAAAAACCCUGGCCGAGGCGAAGCUGGUCCUGCAGACCGUCGGCUUCCCGUGGCACAUCGUCGCCUUGGAAGAGGUGUUCAGCCUGCCGCCGUCUGUGCUGCGCUGCUCUGCCCGGGAGCCGGUGGGGACCGAGGGAGCCUACAAGGCGGCCGUGGACAGUUUCCUGCAGCAGCACCAUGCCCUGGGGGAGGAGAAGCAGAGCCGGCCCUGCCCCCAGCACCCCCAGGGCCGGGCUGGGCCGCCCACAGCCGGCCAGACUGAGGCUCUGUCCAGACUCUUCAACUCAGUGAAGACGCUGACGGCCAAGGAGGAACUUCUGCAGACGCUGCGGACCCACUUGAUCCUGCAUGUGGCCCGGACCCACGGCUACUCCAAGGUGAUGACGGGGGACAGCUGCACCCGCUUGGCCGUCAAGCUCAUGACCAGCCUGGCACUGGGGAGAGGGGCCUUCCUCGCCUGGGACACGGGCUUCUCAGACGAGCGACACGGCGACGUAGUGGUGGUGCGGCCCAUGCGCGAGCACACGCUGAAGGAGGUCGCCUUCUACAACCGCCUGUUUGCUGUCCCCUCCGUCUUCACGCCGGCCGUCGACACCAAGGCCCCGGAAAAGGCCAGCAUCCACCGGCUGAUGGAGGCCUUCAUUCUCAGGCUGCAGGCCCAGUUCCCCUCCACGGUCAGCACUGUGUACAGGACGAGCGAGAAGCUGGUGAAGGCGCCCAGGGACGGCUGUGCUGCCGGCACCCCCGGGCCCCGCUGCCUGCUCUGCAUGUGUGUGCUGGACGUCGACACUGCUGACAGUGCCACGGCUUUUGGGGCCCAGACCUCCUCGCAGCUCCCCCAGACGCAGCCCCCCGUCGCAGAGGCUGAGGCGCCCACCGUGUCCUGCUGCCACAGCGGGAUGGGCAGGGCCCAGCACUGCUGCAGGAUGGAGGAGGACGACCCCCGCGCCUGCGUGAUGGAGCAGCUGUGCUAUGGCUGCCGUGUGAAUAUGAAGGACUUGGUGAGUGGAAGCCUCUCCCCCGCGCAAGGGGGCAGGUGGGCACUGGCCUGGGUUUGUGCUUGCGCAGCCCCGGCACCAACGUCAGCUCUCUGUUGCAGCCCUCCCUGGAUCCCCUGCCACCCUACAUACUGGCCGAGGCCCAGCUCCGCAGCCAGAGGGCCGAGGCUGAGCAGGAGAUCCAGGAGCGUCUGCUGGAGGCCGAGGACGGGGCACGGCCUGGCGCGACCUCGGCGGAGCAGGCCCACGAGGACGGGGCACGGCCGGGCGCGACCUUGGCGGAGCAGGAAGGCGCGGAUGGCCUGUGAUCACCCGUUUGUAUAAAUAAAAGGUUUUAAUUAGAAAA